GAUCUUUCAAAACUCAAAGCGUGCAUCUCGUGCGAUGAUGAUGCUUGGUGUCAUCGUACUGCUCUCGACAACGCUCGGACUAGUGUCAUCCUCCUCGCACCGCGCGGCGGUGCCGCAAACCUCGAAGCAGCGCUGCUUCCCCGAUGACUUCCUCCUGGGAACGGCCACGGCCGCGUACCAAGUAGAAGGUGGGUGGAACCUCACCGGUCGCACGCCGAGCAUUUGGGACGACUUCUGCCGCAGCCGGGACAACGUCCAGUGCGCCAACGUCGCCGACGACAUGAUCCAUCGCUAUGUGAGCGACAUUGCGAUCAUGCAGGCCAUGGGUCUGUCGUCGUUUCGGUUCUCGAUCUCGUGGUCGCGGGUCAUGACCUGGCACGACGCGACACAACGCAUGGUGCGCAACGACGCAGGCAUCGCCUUCUACCACGACCUCCUGGACGCGAUGCGCGCCGCCCAGCUCACGUCCGUCGUGACGCUGUACCAUUGGGACCUCCCGUCCGCCCUGCACACGCACAUGAACGGGUGGUUGAACGCGUCCAUCGUUGGCCAUUUCAACCAGUAUGCAGAGUUGAUGUACGACGAGUACGGUGCCAAAGUAGACUUUUGGACGACUUUCAACGAGCCCUGGUCGUUCUGUGUGGGCGGCUACGGCGGCGGCUGGCAUGCACCAGGCAUCAGCGACUCGGACACGGCAACGUACGUGGCCGCCCACCACGUGCUCCUAGCCCACGCCACCGCCGUGCAAACCCAUCGAUCCAAGCAUCUUACAUCCAAGAUUGGCAUCACCCUCAACUCGGACAUGGCCCUGCCGCUCGAUCCGACCGACGACCGCGACGUCGAGGCCGCCGAGCGCAAACUCCAGUUCUCCCUCGGGUGGUUCCUCAACCCGAUCGUCCAUGGCGAUUACCCCGCCGUGAUGAAACGGCGCGCCGGCCACCGCCUUCCCCGCUUCACCGCAGCCGACUCGGCCUUGCUCACGCAAAGCUACGAUGUGUUCAUGUUGAACCAUUACUCGACCAACGUUGUCACAGAUUGCGCGUCGACCACGUCUACCGUAGACUGUGCGUCGCUAGCUCAAGGGUGGAAUCGAGACUUGGGCAUCGACGGCGUCCGCAUCCCCGUCGGCGCGCGCCCAGGCAAUGUCAACACCAAAGGGGAACCCCUCUGCAGUUGGUUCAACGGGUACCCCCAAGGGUAUUUGCCGCUCAUUCGGUGGAUGCACGCGUUUAACAAGUCGGCGCCGAUCCUCCUCACGGAAAAUGGCUGGUGUGGCCACAACGUGGUGGACAACCCAGAUCAGCUGUGGUACUUUGAGUCAUAUUUGGCCCAGGUGUGGCUUGCAGUGGCCGAGGGCGUCCCUGUGAUUGGCUACACGGCGUGGUCUUUCGUCGAUAACUACGAGUGGGGCUCGUUCGACCCGCGAUUUGGGCUGUUUCACAUCGAAUUUCCCCCUGAAACUGGAACCGUCGACGGAUUUGAGCCGAAAUCCACCGAUUUGAAACGGACCGCGAGGCCCGCGGCGACCUGGUAUGGCCAAGUCGCGUCGACCAAGUGCUUUCCGCUGGACGAACAAGCCCAAGGGCCGACACCAUCGACGGACCCGUUGACGUCGUCGACGACAUCGCACUGGGUGCAAGGCGCCGUGACCGUUGGGUUUGUGGGUCCGAUGCUCGUUGCUGUCAUGGCUCUGGCGGCGCUCGUGUAUCGCAAGCAGCAGCAGCACCGUUCAAGCGAACAAGCUGGAGAAAACUCCCCCCUCGUGCCCAAACACUGAUAACAGGGUUGUGGUAUCUAUCCUACAGGCAGUAGUUGAGUAACUAAACGUUAGUUAAUCAAUGCACACGAGUAUGUUGGGUCUGCAU